AUGAAUUGGGGUGACGUCUCAAACUGGGUGAUGUAUGGCGGUUCUUUCCUUGGCACACAGAAACAGCUACCGGAAAAGAACAUGAAACUGGUGGCGGCUGCGUUUGCUAAAUACAAUUUCCAUGGUUUAUUGCUUGUUGGAGGAUUUGAGGCUUUUCAUUCCUGCCUGCUUCUGUCACGUGCACGUGACACGUACGCUUCGCUGCGGAUCCCGUUGUGCGUCGUGCCGUGCACAAUUAGUAACAAUGUUCCGGGCACAUCGAUUUCACUUGGUUCGGACACUGCUGCCAAUGAGAUUUGCGAAAUGAUCGACAAAAUCAAGCAAUCGGCUACGGGCACCAAGAAACGUGUGUUCAUCGUUGAAACGAUGGGCGGAUACUGCGGCUAUCUGGCAACUAUCUCUGCAUUGGCAUCCGGUGCCGAUAAUGCCUACAUUUUCGAGGAGAAAUUCGAUGUGCGUGAUAUCAUCGAGGAUGUGAAGGUUAUCGUUCACAAAAUGAGCACUGGUGUGCAGCGUUAUUUGGUUGUGCGCAAUGAAUUUGCGAACAGAAAUUACACAACGCAGUUCGUGAACCAGCUUUUUGCCGAAGAAGGAAAAGGAGCUUUCUCGACAAGAUUGAUCGGCAUCUCUGAUGUACUGGAUUACAGGAUCAAUGUACUUGGGCAUGCGCAACAAGGCGGCAAUCCAACACCGUUUGAUCGCAAUAUGGGCACAAAACUGGCAGCCCGGGCGCUGGAGAUCAAUGUACUUGGACAUGCGCAACAAGGCGGUAAUCCAACACCGUUUGAUCGCAAUAUGGGCACAAAACUGGCAGCCCGGGCGCUGGAGUAUAUCCUGGCGCAAGCAAAGCAAUAUGUCGAUCCGACAUCCGGUGUCCCAAAUGCGGUUUCCAAUGAUAGCGCUACGUUGCUGGGAUUGAGAGGACGUCGAGUGGUAUUCACUCCGGUUGAAGCACUGGCGUUGGAAACCGAUUUUGAGCAUCGCCUGCCGAAAGAUCAGUGGUGGAUGAAGAUCAGACCGUUGCUGAGAAUACUCUCGAAGCACGACUCCACUUACGAAAGAGAGGCAAUGGUGGUGCGUGAUGUAGAAGGUUAA